AUGGUAUCAAUUUCAAACAGUCAACAACGCACGGACAACAAUAAUAACACGACGACAAUGAUGCACGCUUAUUUGCCAUCACAGCAUCGAGAAAAUAGCAUCGAAGAUUCCAUGGAUUCAAUUCCUACUAAUGUUAAAUUACACAACUUACGACGAAUUCUUUCUACUAAUAAUAAUACUCACGAUCAAAAACAGCAACGUCAUCCGAAUAAUUCUUCUACCGUCGCCUCAUCUUCCUCAUCCUCUUCAUUCACAUCUCAUGUCUCAUUAACUCGAAGAAAAUCAUCGAGAUUGGAUAUUUCUAGUUUACUUUGUGAAUCCCCCGAAUCCUUCCCAAUCUGUGAAGAAGAUAGUUCUAGCAAUAGUAGUAUGGGCGAUACUGCUAGUCAAUUGGGUGAUAAUGAAUCGUUCCACAAAACACCCGCUACUACCCCUCCUCUCUCUCCAAACGGUAUUGGUGAUAAUCAUCAUCAAGUAGUAUUACCUCCGAUUAAAAGUUUAGAUAUGAGAUCUGAGAUGUAUGAUCAUCAUCACGAGAAUUCGGAUUCUCGAAAACCACUUGAACAAUUUGCUACGAUCUCUGAAGCUUAUCGUACUAAUAAUUCUUCUUCAUAUUCGUUACCUCAUCCUACUCUAAUGGAUUCUUCAACUCGUUUAUUAAAUAAUUCUUCCGUUAAUUCAGUUCAUCAUCAUCAUCUUCAAGAUCCUUUAUUACGAAGAUCCUCUUAUGACGUACGUAAUUCAGAUUUAUUAGGAUUUAAUACACCUCCCAAACGUAAGCGAGCCAAUGCCAAUCAAUUAAAAGUAUUAAAUGAGGUAUUUCAUCAAACAUUUUUUCCUUCAACAGAAUUAAGAAUUCAAUUAGGUAAACAAUUAGGUAUGUCACCAAGAACAGUACAAAUAUGGUUUCAAAACAAAAGACAAAGUUGGAGAAGUAAAUCGCAAGAUGAAAAAGCAGAUAAUGAAAUAAUUAAUAAUUCUAGAAGAUCAAGUAAUUCUAGUUUACAUGCUUCUGAUGAAGAAGAAGAUAUAGAUCAAAGGACAAUUCCUGAUUCACCUUUAGAAACUCCAUUGCCCCCACCUAUUCUUUCUCACCAUCGUAAUAAUAAUAAUACUCAACCUUCAACCCCCUUUAGAUAUCAACCAACUGUAUCUGAAAGUCAAAUAGUUAAUGAUAUGUAA